AUGGUUGUCGAUUGGCCUCGCGUUGGCACCUGCCACCGAGACCGUAAAAUGACCGACAUUAUACACUUCGAAGGCGACUUUAAACUUCGAAACGACCUUAUCGCCGACCAUGUUCGCGCCUCACGGUGGCUUCGUGCGGUCGACACCGCCACCGAGCCGACCUCGUGUCUGCCGAGGCUGACGGGUCGUCCAUCUCUCGGCAACAACAUCUGUCCUUAA